UGUAUAUUAAUCCCUCAUCCUCAUCCCUUUUCGCAUAUCGUAUCUAUACAGACGGAACGUGUAUAUGCCUCACCGAUCGUGCAACAAGUCUGUGCUCUGAUAGUGUUGACGAAUGGGUGUGCCGGACGCAGAGAUUAUGCGCUGUAGGGUCAGUGUCAUGUGUAUAGAUCGAUCCAUAUCAUGCAAUCUAGAUCAUCUGGUCAUAGAUGAUGAUUGGAAAGGGGACGGGUAUCCGGCAUGCUUACUUGGUAGUAGUAUCCUCGUUGGAAGGGAAGGGAAGGUAUGUAGCACUCUGUAUGAGAAGUCAAUAAGUAUUUAGUUCAUUCCUCGUCGUCAGUCUUUUGCUACAUACUACCAAGGCAUCAACUACAAUCCACCUAUACCAACUUCCAACUUCAACCUCCAUACUACUACAUUCUACUAGCAACCAUGGCGGUCACAGACCUCACACCCCAAACCCCCAAAAAAGAAGAUACAUACACCAAAGCCCUAACCCUCAACCACCUCUGGGCCGCAAAAACCACCCUCCAAAACCCCUCCCUGUUCCCUACGCUCGCGCGCGCCCAACACCCUCAAAUUCUCUGGAUAGGAUGUUCCGAUUCACGGUGUCCGGAAACAACCCUCCUCGAUCUAAAUCCAGGCGACGUCUUCGUGCAUCGCAAUAUCGCCAAUGUGGUGAAUAGCCAGGAUGUGAAUUGCGCUGCGGUGGUAGAGUAUGCGGUGUGUCAUUUACGGGUUAAGCAUGUAGUUGUUUGUGGACAUACGUGUUGUGGGGGGGUUGGGGCUGUGUUAGCUGCCCCCGAGGGAGAAGGGACUGGGGAUGGGGAUGGGGAGAAGAGUGUGUUGAAUGCGUGGUUGAGGCCGGUGAAGAGGGUUAGGAAUAGACAUGCGAGUGAGUUGGGGGGAAUACAUGGGGUGUAUGAGAGGGGGGUUAGGUUGGUGGAGUUGAAUGUGCUGGAGGGAGUGAGAGUGCUGAAGGGAAUGGGGGUUGUGAGGGAGGCGGUGGAGAGGGGGGAGGUGCAGGUUCACGGGGUGGUUUAUGAUGUGGGUUGUGGGGUGGUGAGGGAGUUGGAGGUGGAAUAGAGUAGGGUGUUGUUUGUAAGUGGGUAGAUGUUAAGUUGUACUUUAUUGUAUAUUAUGGGGUGGUAUAGAUUUCACGGUUGCAUUAGAAAUUUAGUGGGAGAAGUGAGAAGAAGUUCAAGAUACUAGC